CAGUGCAGUGCUAGCAUGUUUUCAGUGCAGUGCUAACAUAUUAUGAAAUUUCUUUUGUAUUUGCUUCUGCGAUCGCAUGCAAUGUUUGAUGUAAUAAACGAUUAGAACAAAAUAAUAAACGCCGUGUUGUUAUCAGUAAUUGAAUAAUACAAAUCUAACAAAGCCUUGUUUAUAUCUAUUGAAAGAUAAGGACAAAUGCAACGGGGAAGACAACAGGAAAACAUGCAAAACCAUUGCUGAAAGAAAAAAGGUAUUUAGGCUAUUCGCAGAGAAAUUCUUUGCGAGAGAAAUCCCAGCAAAAGUUCCCUGUGCAUGUUCAAGACUUAUUUCGCGCGUACUUUAGCGCAUUUCGCUGAUUUUUUUCUCAAUUGAGAUUAGGCUUCAUAAAAUAUUAUCUUACUUCCUUCAUUCUUACUUAUUAUUUCCAAAUUUAGGUAUUUUAGCACAAGAUACUUUAUAUACCAUUAGCAGAUGGAGUAAAGAGUUAUACGAAAGCAACACAUGUUUUGCAAUGAUUCAGUAGAAAGAUUUUUCAUAGUCAGUAGAGAAAAAGAAGCCAAAAUUUUGCUCUAUUUUUUCUUUUUUCUUUUUUUUAAAGUUAAAAAAUUGAUAAGUUCUUGCAAAAACAAGCUGCUUCGCUCUUUUUGGUUUUCUAAUUACGGCCAAGAUUCGCAAAACCUUUUUUUCUGCGGCCAAGGGUUUCAAAAGCGGCCAGAAUUGUGACUUGUAGCUGUCCAAUCAGCGAGAUUGCAAACCUGAUUACAAAGGGGAAAUCAGAAGACGAAUUUGUCAAACGAGGCUGAAAUAAUGGACUUGUACGCAUGACCAAAUAUUCUGAAAGAAAAGACUCCAUCUGCUCCAACGAAAUCAUUCGUGGCUAGAAGACAAGAAGUGAUGCGGCUGUUACAAUUCUUGACGCUCUUUUUAGCUCUGUGCUUAGCAGAAAGCCACAACUUUCGUGGGGUGUACAUGACAUGGACCGUUGACCAAACAAAUAACAUGACAUACCCUGCGAACCACAGUUCUAGCUUAGCCAAGGUUAAUUUCAAAUAUGGCGUGUCAUGGAGGCGAAGUGAUGGAAAUUCCCACUGCACCAAUGCGUCCAUAAAAAGCUGCCAGUUUUUCAAACAUGGAUCCUUCUCGUUACGAUAUGGUUUCGAUGGCAAUAACUUUCCUUACUACCACCCAUCAGUGUCUGCUGGAUUUUUUUGCGAAAGAUUUAACAUCGACUACGAUUUUACAAUUGGUUCCAAUACUCACACGAUGUACCUGAAUAAGAACUAUUUAUUUAAGCUAUCAUCUUUAUCUUGCUGCUGGGUCAACGGGUUGAUUUCAUCUUCACUUUCAUCAUGGAGCAUGGAAACUGUCAUUUCCUUAAAAAAACGCGGAUCUUUUUUAAGCAAUUCUAACGAUGUCAAUACACCACCUCAGGUCGGUUUCCUUCCUUCGAUACAGCAUAACACAUUCUUCACUAGAAACUACGCGUUACCCGUAUCUGAUCCCGAUGGAGACAAGGUUCGAUGCCGAUAUGCUGUAAAUUUCACUGAAGGUGGAGGUGUAUACAAUUCCCGUAUACCUUAUUCCACUCUACAUACGAACUGUACGUUGUCAAUUUUACCAUACAACACUAUUGGUUGGUACGCGUUGGCUAUAAUGGUGGAGGAUUUUGCAUACAACUUCAAAUAUGGUCGUUACGAGCGACAAAGCAGCAUUCCAUUGCAGUUUAUUGUGAACAUAUACUCUAUCCGGGAAACCACCAUUUAUGGUAACAACACGACAAACUGCCUUGUUAACGAAACUUCAGUACAUGUACAACCAAGCACUGCUGUUACAUUCCAAACGUCCUCUACCCCGGCAUAUUCUUUGUUGACGUCAGCUUUGCCCCAGACUACCUCUCGCAUCCAAGCCUUAGAUGGGUGCAAAUAUUACCAGGUGUUAUCAAAUAAUGACCGUGCUGUGACCUUCAGUGACGUGAGUUCGUAUCGAUGUGACAAAGAACUGUUUGGCUGGUAUCGGUUCAUGGGUAAUGCAGGCAACAGAAUGAUGAAUUCUUGUCCAGCAAAACUUGGUGUAUCUUCAAACAGAUGUGGUUCGUUUCUACAAGGAUGGAUUCAAAAUGGAGCAUUGCCCUCAGUAUCUGAUGGUGUUGUUGCAAGAUCUGUUUGCUUUUCUCCAUAUCAUUCCUGUUAUUGCUCCUCUACAAAGUCAAUCAUGAUCAGGAAUUGCGGCACUUUCCAUGUGUACUGGCUGGAUAGUGUUCCGCUAUGCAACUCGAGAUAUUGUGGAAUUAAAGAUAAAAGCUCCGUCGUGUCCUGCACUCAAAACUAUAUGCGGAUCGAGUUUGAUCGAGCCUUCUACGAUGCAUCCGUGUUUUCAAGCAUAACAUUGCGAGAUACCUCCUGUUUACCAUUAAUAAACAGCUACAACAUCAUACUUGGUAGUGUACCAGGCGGAUGUGGGUCAACUAGAAGUGAGACGUCGAGUUACAUUGUGUACGAGAAUGAAGUCAUUUUCAAACCAAAAGCUAUUGCUGGUACAACAACAAGGGAUCCUGACCAGCGAGUAAAAUUCACUUGCUAUUUCGACAAAUCUGGAUACAGUAGUACGUGGAACUCAUACUGGUAUUUGCCAAUAUCCAAUGUCACUGGAUCUGAAGUUGGAUAUGGAAACUUCAGUUUCAACUUUGUCAUGUACACUGACCGUACUUAUUCAACGAUGCAUUCCCAUUACCCUGUGAGUGUCCAGCUGAGAGACUGGAUGCACUUUGAAGUCUACUCGAGUAAAUCUCAGGAAAACACAGUCAUACUCAUCGAUCAAUGCUUUUCCACGCCAACUAUGGAUAGGAACCACUACAUGAAAUACGUCUUCAUCAACAACAGAUGCCCUACCGACAACACCGUCCAGUUUCACAAGACGCAAAACCACCGUCAACGCUUUAGUAUUCAGGCGUUCAAAUUUCUAAAUAACAGCACAUCUGUAUAUUUCCACUGCCUCGUUUUCCUGUGCCAUGCAACAUCAACGGAUUAUCGCUGCCGAUACGGGUGCACUGGCAAUAACAUUUUCAGAGGAAAGCGAGACCUAAGCGGUGUCUCAAACGAUCCUCCUUCAAAAUUUUACAUGGUAGAGAGGGAGGUUCGCAGAGCUGCAGAUAGCAGUCAAGACAAAGCACAAAAAGGGCAUGAAGAUAAAACGACAGCUUUCGUUGGCAUGGGUGUUGCUGUUGCUGUACUGGUCGCGGUUGUCGCUGGGCUUGCGUUCAAGGUCGCACAUAUGAAAAAGUCUGCUAAGGUCGCCCCUAAGCCAGAGAAAGACAAUCGUUAUGCAGGUAGCCAAGAGGAUUUGCCCCCUGAACAGCACAAAGAUGACGGUCAUUUGUAUGAUGACGUAGUAAUGCAAAACAUCGGUGUCAUCAGCAAAGAACAACAAGCGGAGAUUUUCAAGGACAACGCUUUUUGCUCUUAAUCAAAUGGUUGGUAAUCCAGCGUUUGAUUGAAAGCAUCGGCUUUUAUAGGCAUUUCAAAGAUAUUAUAUGUAAGGUAACCACGUGGUUAUCUAGAUGCACCAAACUUCUUAAUUUGUACAUGUUUUUUCCUCUUUCGUGUUGCAUAUACUUUGCUGGGUAGCUACUUGUGUAUGGAAUUAUGGCAUUUUUGCUCUAUUUGCUGCUGGUGCUGUAGUUCUUUUAUGUUUUUGUCUUUUCGGUUGCGUUGAAUUUUAGAAAGAGCAGAGUGAUCUUGGCAAAAUUGAUAAGCGAAAGAGAUUAAAAGAGAUUUUUUUUUUAUUUUUAAUUCAGAGAUAUUGUCGCCUUUCGUUAGGCUGGAGACCCAUCAGAAUGGAAUUAGUAUAAAAAUAAGAUGGAAGCUGACUUACUGUUAAUAAAAUUGGCUGAUGAGCCUAAAAAAGCCUUUUUGUUUACCAGCAAUCCCUAUAAAACAUUGAUUUGAACCUUGUUUUAAAAUCUCAACCUCUUUCUAAAUUCAAAGGGUCGAACGCUCUUGCUUCAAAUUUUUCCAACUUUGUAUUUUUUCUUCUUGACUAGUUUUUAACUAAUACUUGUUUGCUUCCUGAAGAAAACAGAAUCAUUAAAAUUGCGCUGUUAUUGUUGGUUUCUUUAUGAUUUGAUAUUCUUCCUUUCCAUGCAACAAAGAGCUACUCCAAAAAAUAAAGAACAGUCUUCUUUUGAUUGGGGCCAAAUCUCAAGGUGUUAUAAUACGGGAGGCAAAAUUUCAUUUAUGUACAUAGGAAUUCAUCUGAGUGGUGGGAAAUUUUGAUUUUUUGCCAAAAUCUAUAGAGGAUUUUUUCAUAAUUUUGAAAUAAUAUAACUAUGUUAGAUCUAAAAUAAUACAGAAGAUAAACUUUUAACUUUUAUUCAUAGUCGUGUGUCAUAAAUCCUACUACUUGA